GCUCAACACUUACCGUGCAGCCACAGUGUGACACAGCCCACGGCAUUGCACCACAUAUCAAGACCAAAUCUUCAACCACUAGUAUGGCUGCACUGUACUGCAUGUAAACCUACAAGCUUCAGCAUUCUCAUGAACCUUUCUUCCUGUGCCUUGAUUAUGAGGGGGUGCGCACCUUUCGAGAUCACAGGUCGACUGCCAGCACGUUGUUAUUGUGUGCACCGCGGUUAGGACUUUGACAAGAAGUCUGGAUGAAGAUUAUCAAGCGCUCCGGUUGUGCAAGCGGCAAGUUAAAUAGAUCAGCUCUAGGACUGCAAGCUGCUGCCUGUGUCGGAAGACUGAUGUGGCCUGCCACCGUCAGUGUGAAGUUGGCUUGGGAUCAGAACUUCGCCACACUGGCGGGAUUUGUUCGUUGUGAACUUGAUGUGGUUGUUGACUUUUUGUGACAAGGUUACUGAGAUAUGAUGGCCAAGGGAGCUCCGCCUCCACCUCCACAGUCUGUUCAUGUGUCUUGAGUGCCGUGUCGUGCCGUGUCGCCUCUGUGGAGCUGGGCUCCCCGGAGCCUGCAUGGGCAAGAUGUCCCGAGCCUUCUGUUGCUGCAGGGGCAGCGCUCCCAAGGAAGAGAGCACUAUCCUGGGCAGCGCUACCUUCUCAGUGGCAGAUCUACUCAAAUCCAGGGAGCAGCAAAUUUCUCUAAACCUGAGGUCAUCCGAUGACUUGGAAGCCGUUGGUACAGUAGUGGUGAGCCGCAUGAGGAUGGGAGAAAUCGAGGACGGGGAAGUGGACCACAUGGCGACCGACAUCCAGGGCCAGAAGUGUGCGCUGGUUUGUGAGUCACUGCAUGGAACCACAAAUGACAAAGAUUAUGGUCCCCUGAUGAGUGCUUUGUUCAAGAACCCAGUCUGCAAGGUGUACCGAUUCCAGACGGUGGACAGUAAGUGGAUGUUGGUGCGUGAGCAGAUGGCCGAGAGCACGCUGUCCUUCUCCAUCCCAAAGCAGCUCAUUACUCUCCACAUCCAGGAGGACACCAGGAGGAUACAAGAGCUAAAGGACCUUGGGGAGCUAUCGCCACACUGGGAUAACCUGCGUCGAGAGGUCAUCACCCGCUAUGACCAGGUCAUCAGAGGCUACCAAGAGACUCUGGAAGAGCUGGACAAGCUAACAGGGCCCUCGUUUAAGCCCAGCUGUAGCAAAGCUCAGAAGUCUCUGGAAUUCAUUCCAAUCAACCUGCACACCCAGCGGAUGAGUGUCACCUGCCCCAGGAGAACAGACGCCUUCUAUGACAUCAUCACGGUGGGGGCUCCAGCGGCGCACUUCCAAGGCUUCAAGAGCGGCGGGCUGCAGAGGCUACUGAGCCGCUACGAGGGCGAGAAGAAAAGUUACAGCACGGCGUACCAGUGUAUCUACUACUCGCCGGAGCAGACGGCCAAGGCGAGGGAUGUGCUCGGCAGCCUGAGUGAGCUGCAGCCUCUGAUCUCCAGCCUGGCCGACCGCCUCCUCCAGGCAGCCCAGCAGCGCUCCGUCCAGGCCCUGAGGGACGCGCUCAAGAGCCUGGCCGAGAAGACAGAGCAGUUUGUUCACGCUCUCAAGGAUGAGCUGGUGAAGAGUGCCCUUCUAGCGCUGCAUGCUGCGAGGCCGGGCUACGUUACCAAGACCCAGACCAACACGCCUCCACCACUGCACCCGCAAACCCAGACGCCCAGCCAGACGCCCAGCCAGACGCCCAGCCGUGCUGGCCACACGUAUGCAGAGCCAGACGGUGCACUCAGCAUCAACAUGGAUGAGGUGAACACCACGCCCAAAAAGGAGGAACCGCCGUCGGCUGCAGUGACGCUGGAGCGCCAGGACUCUAUACCGCACCACAAAGAGUACGACGAGGAGGAAUGGGACAGGGUGUGGGCGAGUGUUGCCAAGAGUCUCAGCUGUGUGAUCGCCCUGGUGGACAAGCUGCAGGAGCAGGAGAACAACAACCAGGAGUCAACGCCCGACCAGGCCCUCGCUGAUGUCAUCACGUCACACAACCCCAGUAUGUGCACACAGAGUAUGUGCCCAACAGGGGAAUGGCGAGAACAGCUGUCUCCUCUGGUGGCGUCCCUGAAGGACUGUGUGACGGAGGUGGGUGAUCGAGCCCAGAAGUCCAUGACCUUUGUGCUCCUGCAGGAAGCCGUGUGCAGCAUCCCUCAGGGCCUCUUCCUGCAGCAGAGACGCGACGUCGUUUUCAGUCAGGCGUUGUCAGCACUGGCAUGUGGCUUUGUGAUGCGACUCUAUGCGGGGCUGGACGACAAAGGCUUCCUGCAGCAGCUGCAUCUGGUUGGCCUGGUGGCCCAGUUUGAGAGUCUGCUCAGCACGUACAGUGAAGAGAUUGGAAUGCUAGAGGAUAUGGAGACUGGAAUCUCUGACCUGAACCGAGUUACCUUCCGAAUCACAGAGGCCAAGUCUGACGAUCCCGCAGAUCUGCAGCCUGUUGUCAGUGGCCGACGACACCACUAUAGUGUGGAUGUGCCGUUGCCUCAGCAGUCGUUCCAGACAAUCCCACCUGAGCUGCAGGACGGGAAGCCGCUGCAGAUAUUCCCAGUGCUCUUCAACGUUGGUAUCAACGAACAACAGACCAUCGCUGAGAGGUUUGGUGACAUAUCCUUACAAGAGAGAAUAAACCAGAAGAACUUUGAAAUCUUAGAUGGUUACUUCAAAACACUGAAUGACAAAGUGCCAUCAGAAUGCCUGCCCUGCUUUCAGACACAGAUGGAUGUUAAAGAAUUGCUUGAAACCCUUGGCCAGAACGUUGUUAUUAAAAAGAGGAAGAAUGUGGAGAUUCUCUGGCUCGCUGGAACGAUCUGCCGACGACUGAACGGCAUUCGCUUCACCAGCUGCAAAAGUGCCAAAGACCGGACGUCCAUGUCUGUCACACUGGAGCAGUGUGCCCUGCUACGGGACGAACACCAGCUCAGCAAAGACUACUUCAUCCGGGCCCUGGACUGCAUGCGAAGCAGUCGGCUGGCCCAGGGAGAAGCAGCUCAGUGGGAUGACCCAGAGGCAGGCACAGUAGCCAAUCACAAGCCGGCCUCGCGCCACUUCUACCCAAUCGCCCUUCUGCUCGUCAGCUCUCACCUGCUGGUGGUGUGGCUGAUCUUAAGUCUUGUUUUUCUGCUUGCAAAAUAUCAAUAAACAGCUGAUAAUGCCAUAACGUCAUCUGACUCGCCCUGUAAUUUCUACCAAGACGCCUGCGUGCCAGAUCUGGCUUUGUAUCUGUCAGCAGUGAGUGAGUCAAUGUUUGGUUGGUUUUCGGUUCUGGACACAUCAGCAGAGGGUCUGAGCUUCACUCUCCCUCUGUCACCUGACUUUUCAUCACAGGCAGACCCAGGGUCGCAGUCUCUAAGCAAAGAACUCUCUGUCAGAUGGAGUUACAUGGUAGUGCGUAGCAAUGUGCAUUCUAAGGGCACCCAUGAGUUACAAUUCUAUAGCGUCUCUCUCUC